ACUAGUGAAGAAAACAACCAAACACACAACACGCCGAGACGAUGGACUCAAAGGAAGCAAGCAGUUCAGAAACCCUAGGUUCCGGACUAGAUCACAAUCAUCAAAUUUCUCAACAACACUACGAAGAAGAUCAUCACGGCAUCAGUGAUCCAAGUAUAAGAGAAACAGAGGAUUCCUUGUUAUCGUCGACGUCUUCAUCCAUCACUCAAAAGAAGAUUCUCAGAGUAGUGGAGGUGGUGGAGAGGGAUUCCAUCGCCAUCGCCGAUAGUUUCUCAUCUCUAUUCGCAUCUCUCCGCGUGGCUCUCUCCGAGGUUACCAGCCGUUCUGUUGAUCAUGUACAAUGCUUUAGUGAUGCUGCUGGUCGUCUUCAAGAAUCUGCAUUGGAUUCUGCGACGAAAGGGAAUCUAUACAUAAACUCGUGUUUGAGAUUGAAUGAGGAGAUGAGAGGCAUUGACGCCUUAGCCAUGCAACUAAAGACGUUGCGUAGAAAUGUUGAUUCUCUGGAUACUGCUGUGAGUAGCCUUGUUCGUCUUCCUUGAUGUUUUUGCUUGGUUGAUGGAUUCAUCUUCCCGUAUUCAGGUGAGAGGAGUUCUAUUGAUUUGAUUUGCUUGAAACAUACACGUUUUUGUGCAGAGAAAAACGUUUUCUGUUAUGAUAGAAUCCUUGUACUAUUCUUCACUUUUAGUGACAUGAUAGUAAUUGGGUUUUUAAUGUACUAUUUGGCUACAACAUUUAUGUUUCUUGUUUUUGUUUAUAUGCUUAGAGACCUGGAAAUCAA